AUGACUGUUCUAGAAUAUAUGAAUCAAUUCGAUAAGCUGACUGUAAGAUGUGGUGUUUAUGAGACUGAUAGUCAACAGACCUCUCGAUUUUGUCUAGGACUAAAGCCUGAACUGAGGAGAAAUCUAUUCCCAUAUCACAUGAAGUCCCUUGAACAUGCCUAUAGUUUAGCUUAUAACUUUGAGCAAAGGACUAAAGAGCCCAUGGGAAAAUGGUUUGAUACCUCUUCCAAUGAGUCAUACUCUUACCAGAUUCAGAGUUAUGAAAAGUCCCUACCGGCGCAAUUAGGUCAAGUCGCUUCCCGAGGGAGCAAUCCCACAGUCCAAAAGCCUAUGGACAAAGGGAAAGCACCUAUGACUGGAUCCUCUCACCAGAGUUCUGGCAGUGCAGUGUGCUUCAGGUGCCAUAAACAAAGACAUUUUCCCAAACAAUGUCCCACUUGGAACUUGGCACUUGAUAAGGAAUAUGGUGAGAAAAAGAAGAAGGAAAAGAAAGAAACUAGUGGAGAAACCUUGAAUAUCAUAAGUGAAAAGCUGUUUGAGCAGGAAAGUCAAGAUACAUAG